AAUUAAUAGUUUGUUAAAUCGGUCAACGAGCUCGCCGGUGGUGUAACUAACCAGCUGGUGAUAUUCCUAAAAAGUGGAACAAAGGCCUGAGGAUGGGAGAAAUAGAGUGGCCUUGGCAGUACAGUUUUCCUCCUUUUUUUACUCUUCAGCCACAUGAUGAAACCAAGGAGAAACAAUUGUCGGCGUGGACGAGCCUUGUCUUGGAUUAUUACAAAGCCACGAAACAAUCGGUUCUGGAUGUUCGAGAAAUUCAUUCCACUCGACUUUUCAAUAAUAGUGAGAUCAAAAGGAAACUCUCCGUCGACGCUGUCCAAUUAAUCCUGGAGAACCUCUCAAAAUCCGGUAAUGCAAGUCCCCUUGACAAAUCGAAGCAACGGUGGUUGGUCCAUUGGCACACGCUGGAUGAAUGGGGCGAGAUAAUUUACAACUGGGCACAGGAGAAUGGAUUCGUUGGAUCUGUCUGCACUCUGUUUGAACUGACCCAAGGCGAUAACACGGUGGAUCAAGAAUUUUAUGGAUUAGAUAAUGAAGUUGUGACUAGAGCACUCAAGACCUUGGAAUCUCAAGGUAAAGCUGAACUGAUAUUUUUCGAUGAUAAUCAGGGAGUGAAAUUUUUCUAGCUUAAUUAUUGAAUUAAUGAAAUGAAGUGAUGAAAUAAUCAACUGUUAAAUAAAUAUAUUUAUCUUCUUAUGAAA